AUGAAGGAGAAAAGACUGAUUGUCUCUAUAUCCCUAGCGGACAAUCGGGUGGUGAUGAACUCGGAUCUUCUUUAUUGUGCUUGUCGUGCUGGGACUGCUCCUCCUUCCCGCUUCUCCUCCCUCGGUACACUCCUCCGGCUACUUGUACUGAUAACGCUGGGACUAAUUGAACUCAGGCUGAUUUCUCCUCUUCUGACUGCCCUUCUUCAGGCACAACCAUACCUUCUUUUAGUUGGGCAAUGA